AUGUUCGAGGCGCUGUGGGACGCCGGCGUACGGUAUUGCUUCGUAAAUCUAGGGUCUGAUCACCCCGCCAUCAUGGAAGCGAUGGUUAAAGGCCAGUGGGAGAGGCCGGACAGGUUCCCUAAAUUCAUCACUUGCCCAUGUGAGAUGGUUGCGCUAUCUAUGGCAGAUGGUUAUGCUCGAGUCACGGGAGAACCUCAAGCCGUCAUUGUGCACGUUGACGUUGGCACUCAAGCACUCGGCUGUGCCGUACACAAUGCCAGUGUAGGCCGCGCGCCUGUGUUCAUCUUUGCUGGUCUCUCCCCAUGUACUCUGGAGGGUGAAUACCGCGGCAGCAGAACCGAGUUUAUCCACUGGCUACAAGAUGUCCCAGACCAGAAAGCAAUCGUAUCACAAUACUGUCGCUAUACUGCCGAACUGAAGAAGGGGCAGAACAUCAAACAGAUGGUGAACCGAGCCUUGAGUUUUGCGAAAAGCAAGCCUCGAGGUCCAGUCUACUUACAGGGGACCCGAGAGGUUAUGGAAGAGGUUAUUAAGCCGUAUGAGAUUCGACAGGAGUUCUGGAGUCCCGUGGAGCUUGGUGGCUUGAUACCGACGCAGCUGAAUCUGGUUGCUUCGGCCUUGGUAUCUGCUAGGGAGCCUCUUGUCGUCACGGGCUAUAGCGGACGUGAUACUGCCGUAGUACCAUUGCUCAUUGAGUUGGCUAACCUUAUCAAGGGCCUGCGAGUGCUCGACACUCAAGGUUCGGAUCUCAGCUUCCCUGCCGAUCACCCUGGGUGGCUGAGCGUGAGAUAUGGAUCGGAUGAGGCCAUCCGCACGGCCGAUGUGAUACUCGUCGUCGAUUGCGAUGUGCCGUGGAUCAACACGCAGUGCAAGCCCGCCGACGACGCUAGAAUCUUUCAUUUCGAUGUCGACCCUUUGAAAGAUCAGAUGCCUGUUUUCUAUAUCGACGCGAUCCUGCGUUGUCGUGUGAAUACCAAGUUUGCCCUAGACCAAAUUGUGCAGCACUUGAAAACCGACCUUUCACAUGAAAUUAGGGCAAAUAACGAGCACUACAAAGACCGAUGGUCGGCCCUUCAGGUGUCCUACAAGAAGAAGUUAAGCGCCAUAUCUGCACUGGCCGAGCCGAACCCAGACGGCUCGUUGGGAUGUGGCUUUCUCAUUUCGAGUCUCCGGAAGGCAUGUCCGAUUGAUACGAUCUGGGUCAUUGAAGCCGUCACAAACACUUUCACCGUGGCCGAUCAAUUGCAGGCAACCUUGCCUGGAAGUGUCUAUAGCUCGGGCGCAGGUGGACUUGGUUGGUCGGGCGGUGCAGCCCUUGGUAUCAAAAUGGCUACGGACUGUAUUCACGGAGGAAAAGGCAAAUUUGUAUGCCAGAUCAUCGGGGACGGCUGCUUUCACUUCUCCAUCCCCACCAGUGUAUAUUGGGUCGCACAGAGGUAUGAGAUUCCAGUUCUGACUAUAGUGCUCAACAAUGAUGGUUGGAACGCACCUCGGAACUCUAUGCUUCUUGUUCAUCCUAACGGCCUAGGAUCCGAAGUUAGUAACGAGGAACUUAACAUAUCAUUCGAUCCAAACCCUGAUUACGCGACUAUUGCACAAGGCUCGUCGGGGGGUAAGUGUUGGGCGGGACGAGCCAGCACUGUUGAUGAGUUGGUAGCAAGGUUGCCCGAGGCCGUGGAUGCUGUACAAAGCGGCCGGUCUGCUUUGUUGGACGCGCGGAUCAUAAAGAAGCGUUCAAUGUUGUAG